AUGGGGUGUUGCAACUUGUUCAGAUUUUCCCGCCGAAAGGGCCGAGAGAGGCCUAGGACACCGGUACCACAAGUCGCUGUGCCCACCAGUGACGACUUGCAAGAGAAGCGGAGCGAGGAGGGGCCGAAAACCUCCUCCACGACGGAUCUCCAGUCAACGAGCACCAGUAACCCAGAACUGGUAGCGGAGAGCUUACCCGGACGUCUAUGGAACCUGGCAUACGACCAACUCAAAUCAAAGGAUCCGAAAUUGAUCGAACACUAUGAGGGCAUCCUGUCAGGCCAAAUUGAUGGACAAGAGCUUAAGGCCGUGAACCUCGAUACACAGAUCAACGAGAUCAGCCUAGGGCAGUCAAGAUCACUGCAGAUGCGACAGCUCGUUGACUCUGGAUUGCUCAGGACGGAGAAGGCAGCUACGACUAACGAAGCACUCGCGCAAGGCCUGCAGGUGUUCAAUGUCGUCAAGGAUAGCGUCGCAACAGCUACCAGAGCUUCUCCAGAAGCCUCUAUAGCUUGGGUACCGAUCUGCCUUGCUCUUGACAUACUUAUGAAUCCACUCACCCAACAGUCUUCUAAUAGAGAUGGAAUUGCUUACGUCAUAUCGAGGAUGGAUUGGUACUGGCACCUAGCUGAUCUUCUCCUAGAGAGAAAUCAAGAAGCCCGACGAUCGCAGUCGCUGCAAGAUAAACUCGAGAAGAAUCUCGUCGACCUUUACACUCGUCUCCUGGCAUACCAGAUCAACAGUAUCAUCACAUAUCAUCGCCGGCGUGGCACUGUCUUUGCAAGAGACCUUGUCAAGUGGGAUGAUUGGGAAGGUGAGCUGGCUGCGAUCAAGGAGAAGGAAGAAUCGAUACGCCAAGAUGCAGCUCAAUUCAACACGCAUGAAAUCCGCAACCAACUCCAAACUAUCGCGGAGAAAGCCGAGUCACAGGACAUCAGCCUGCAUAACAUUGUGACGAGUAUCCAGGAACAAACGGCGCACUCUCUGGCGUAUACGAAGACUGCCGACGACAACGAGUGUCUCCGAGACCUGUUCCUGACGAACCCCAGUCACGAUAAAAAACGGCUCGAACAUGCAAAAGGAGGAUUAUUGGAUGCCUCUUUCCGAUGGAUACUUGACAACGCGGAUUAUCGGCGUUGGCGGGAUGACCGUGAAGAGCGAUUACUCUGGGUUGAAGGGUGA